CCCCGCACCGCCUCGCCCCUCCUCGCCCCACCCCACCCCCGCACCGCCUCGCCCUCCUCGCCCCCGCACCGCCUCGCCAGAACUCGGAGGGGGCGAAUCGCCGCGGCGUGGUGGGCCGGCGUCGUCGUCGCACGCGCGGGAACGGAAGGGACGCCGGAGUCGAACCCUGGGAGUGAGCGCACCACAAGUACUUCGACCGCCGCGGCGCGGGGGCGGGCGGUCGUCGUCGCGCGCGCGCGCGUGCGGGAACGGGAGCCGGAGUCGAACCCCAGAGGCAUCCCGAGGUCGAGCCCUUCAAGCACUGGGUGGAGGUCGACCCCAACCCCAAGUACUUCGGUCGCGGCGGCGCGGGGCCGGUCGUCGUCGUCGUCGUCGCACGCGCGUACGGGAACAGGAGCCGGAGUCGAACUCCAGAGGCAUCCCAAGGUCGAGUCCUUCAAGCACUGGGUGGAGUUCGACCCCAAGUACUUCGGUUGCGGCGGCGCGGGGCCGGUCGUCGUCCUCGUCGCGAACGCGCACGGGAAGGGGAGCCGGAGUCGAACCCCAGAGGCAUCCCAAGAUCCAGCCCUUCAAGCAGCGGGUGGAGGUCGACGAGUUCAUCCACAACUCCUGGAAGAGAAGAUCGACGAUCCCAUCGAUCAUGAGGAUUGCUCGGUUGGCGCUCCAGAUCCGAUCAUUGCUUACAGGCAGCCCAAGUCCUCGGAAACCUUUUCUGUAUCGGCAUGUCUCAAGCUUUCCUAAAUGGGACUGCACUCCAGCAAGCAAUAGAAGCUGGCACUCAAGGGAAAUAGAUGUUAAAGAUCUCGAAGAUCCAAUCAGCUUUUACCGGAGAAACCCAAUCUUCGAUAACAUUCUGACAAACAAGCUUGUUGGGAGACCAACAAGCAAGAAAGAUAAGACAAAGAUCAAUGAGUUUCGUGCAAAGAUAUGUCGGAUGGAUCAAGAGAUGCUUUCAGAAUUGGCUGCAUUCGGGAUCAGGUCAUUAGCAACAGGGGUUCUGAGACAUCACGUUGGGGGUAUCCAUUUAGGCGAUGCUGUGAAUCUGUCCAACUUAAGGAUAUGUAAAUCUUCUGGGGAGUGGAUUUUGCUAAACACAAUGCCGAAGGAACCAAUGGAAACUCUCACUUUGAAGCAUAGAUCUGAGGAUUGGAUUGUGAUAAGGAAGCUUGUCGAGGAUGUUGUAGAGGCUGUCUGUGGAUCUCAGAUUGUCUAUCCAGUAGACUUUCAGCAUUGGUUGGAUCAAUUAGCAAAACCAAAUCCAAGGAUAUUCCUGAUAUUAUAUCAUACUGUUUUCCUGAGAUUGAACCCUAGGUUUUACUAUCACAUUCAGAUGGAUCAGUUUCUAAGGAAGGAACCAAACUACAUCAAACAUAAUCUCAUUAAUGAACCUGAGCUGAUUGAAAUGCUGCGCAAUCUUGGUGAUCUGAGGGGUUUGCUCAGUUUCGCUGAAAUGCACGAAUUGCUGAAGUCAUGUAUGGACCACUAUGAUCGAGCUGAGCCAACUGCUGCAAGUGAAUCAAAGAGCAAAAGUGGAGCUGUAGCAGCAACUGCAACCCCAACAACUGCCUCCAAGAGAAGAGGGAACAAAAGCAAAACAGUAAAACUCAAUGCGACAAGCACAGCAACUAAUGCUGCAUGUCAAGGUCUGUCUCAGUCUCCUGUUGCUCUUCGGAAGGGCCACAAACAUUUCAAGGGUGGUAAAACUGCAACAACGAUAAAAAAUGCAACUAAUUCUGCAGGCAAGACUCAAGCAUCGAUAGCAUCAGGCCAGACUGUUUAUGAACAGGAAAGACUCGAUGGCGGGCGGAACUUGGUCGCAAUUAACCGCAAUGGUCCAAUUCAUGGCUGUCAACAAUCUUUCAAGUUCUUCGAAUUUACAGACAGAUCAAUGCUGAAUAGGCAGGCAAUUAUCCAGUUGCUCUACUUUAUAUUUCUCCCUUUUGACCAUACCGCUCUGGAGCUAUUCUACAAGAAGAAUAUUCACCCAGCUCUUGACAUGGAGGGUCUUUUUGGAGAGACACCUGCCACAUGGAGAGCAGCAAUCAAGCAGCAACAGGAUGAUGACAUACUCGUAGAGCAAGCAACCAAGGCUGAGAUCUGAAACAAGUCUGUUCUUGUUGUGAGCAUCAGGUAUGAUUCGUAACAAGCCCUUCCCGGUGACAUGAAGGAGCAGCAGCAAGGAUGAACAACUGUCCUGUUGGAGCCGUUUUCUUGUCCUAAAUGCUGUUCCAUUGAUCUUGUCUUGAAACUGAUUUGAUGAUGAUGUUUGUACAGCGAUAUAAUGAUGUUAAAACGAUCACGUAAACUUGUUGAACACAGCAAAUUUUGCUGUUGUUUUGUGAUGUUUUGCGGUAGAAAUGUUAAACGGGAUGAUGUUUCGUUGAUCUUGUCUUGAAACUGAUUCGAUGCUAUCUGCCCACCGAUGUGAUGAUGUUAAAACUAUAAUGUACGCUUGUUGAGCAUGACUAAUGUUUUG